AUGAGUGACUAUCAAUACCUUCCUCUCAGGAGGGACCAAGAAGAGAUUCGUCUUAUCUCCCUGCUGCCUGGGACUUUCAUCGAUGACAUUCGAAUAUCGAUCCAUCAUGCGCUCCUCAUUCCGCCAACUGGCGUGCAGGAUCCCGAAGACAAUACUUGCGAUAUAGGCUCCAUACCUUCGUAUCCAUGGAGCACUGAGAGAACGUCCGAAGAUGAACUCUUUUAUUUGAAUAACCACACAUACGAGACAUCUUGGGUCCAUCCAUUGAGGAAUGCACCUGCCAAUUUGCAACCAGCACAGAGCAGGCCAACCAGCUUCGAGCCCUAUUAUGAAGCCUUGUCAUACAACUGGGGGACCAUGGAUGACCCAGAAAUAGCCCAUGUACAAGACUAUCAGUCAAAUGAAGAGAUAGAGGUGACAGUCAUCAGAAUUGGCAAAAGUCUUGCAAUGGCGUUUCGACACCUUCGGCAUGUCGAUAAAGUACGGACAAUCUGGGCCGACGCGAUUAGCAUCAAUCAACAAGACGUUGAAGAGAGAAAUGCCCAGGUCAAGCGAAUGGCAGAUAUAUACAGAUUGGCGUAUCGGGUAGUGGCCUGGACGGGCAAGGAAGACGGCGACAGCAAGCACGCUCUCGCCACCCUUCGGUAUAUCGGUAACCAACUCAUCGUCACAAAGGCUGGCAGGCUCUUUAGCUCCCCGGGAUCCAAAGCUCCAGACCUAUGGAGAAAUGCAUGUCACUUUCUGUAUGAUGACCGAACUUGGAAAGCAUUGUCUCACUUCAUAGAACGCAUAUGGUUCUACCGACUUUGGUGCUGGCAGGAGAUCAAACUUAGCAGCUCUCACAGCCUUUUGCAAUGUGGUCACGAUCAGAUCACAUGGCCCAUACUUCGAAAAGCGAUCCUAUGUCUGCAUAAUAAGGAAAAGCUGCCGUCCCUAAUGUUUCGGGAGCGUUGCCGUCACAUUGCCUACCUUACGGCAGACGCAAUCGGUCACCCAAUGGGCACGCUGUUAGAUCUCGGCCGCAGUAAGGGUUGCGCCGACCCCAGGGACAAAAUAUACGGUCUUUUAGGACUUACGGCACCAUCGUUCAAUGCCAGGCUCAGGACGGAUUACGCUUCGCCUGUGGAGGAUGUCUACAAGGAUGCUUUCCUCGCUCAUUUAGCACUCACACGACGACUGGAGCUCCUGAAACAUUGCGUUCUUUCUAGACGAAGCAUAGGCGGUCCAUCAUGGGUGCCUGACUGGUCCAAAACUGACUUCGCCGCCCCGAUUCUUAGCGAGCAACUCUCGACAGGCUUAUCAAGUGCAAACUUCAAGUAUAUUCCGCCAGACAUAUUAGAGGUUACAGGGUUGCGCUGUACGGCUGUCCAAGAAGUAAGCUCAGCUGCCUCUCUGGAGAUUGGGAAAGUACUUCUGGCCGUUUCGGAGUGGUUGGAGCAUCUGCCCAAAACAGACGUCUAUGUCACUGGAGAGAAUAUAAUGGAAGCUUUCGCGUUGACCAUCUUCAUGAAUCGAACGCGCGAGCGCCAUCCGGCGCAGCACUUUCCGAGUGUAUUUGAACUCGUGAGCUUACUCCACGACAUAUCGGCGCUUCGACCUGAUUCACAUAAUGAUUCGAUAUAUUCGAUUCGUGAGGUCGGAAACUGUGUUCAAAAGAUUAGAGGCCGCGUAUUUUUUACCACAGUCGAUGGGUAUAUAGGAACAGCUCCCGACGGCGUCAAAGCAGGGGAUGAGGUAUGCCUUCUUCUCGGCAGCUAUUCGCCUAUCAUUAUACGUGCGGCCGGCUUUGGGAGAUUCCAAGUUGUCGGCGAAGCAUACAUCCACGGGCUCGAAGAUGCUAAAGGAAUCCUCGGCCCAAUGCCCGUAGGUUGGAAAGUUAUAGUUACCGGGGAUGCCCUUGGCCGACCAUUGCACCGCUAUAUGAGCUUUCGGACGUACCAGCAGACCGCAGAAGACCCCCGGCUCGACACUCUACCUUCUGAGUGGGAGAGAGUUGCAUAUGAAAGAUCACCAAAUGAUGCAGCUUAUUUUGAGAUGUUCAAGAACAACAUCACCGGGGGAAUAUGCAACUCUGACCCCCGACUAAGUCCAGAGAGCUUGAAGAGUCGUAAUAUACCCUUGUACGCAAUUCAAUUAGUUUAAUGGUCGUUGCUCCAAUUGAAAGCUAUGAGUUAUCGUUCUAAUUUCCCUUGCCAUCUGAUCUGCCAUCAUUCCGAGUCGAGGAAUUCAUCGAAAUCGAAGAAGCCUCACUCUUUCGUUCGUA